ACCUCUCACGCAGCUGCACGGACAGGAAACAGGAAAAUCUCGGGAGAAGAGGGGAAAUAAAAGUUACAGUAGAUUUUAGGGAAAAAAUGAGUCGAAUUUACCACAACACGUCUUUACAGAACAAACCGGUACACAACGAGAAAUGUGACCGCGUGUGGUCUCCCUCCGUCUAUGAAAGCGGCCAAGGGGUUCUUCUGGAAGGAAAGCUGCUGGAUGUUUCCAGACAUUCAAUCAGUGAUGUCAAGAAUCAAAAGGUCCGUUUCUAUGUGCUGUAUGUAAAACCCAGCCGCAUCCAUCAGAGGAAGUUUGAUGCCAGCGGGAAGGAAAUUGAGCCAAACUUCAGUGACACCAAAAAGGUCAACACUGGCUUCCUCAUGUCGUCCUACAAGGUGGAGGCUAAAGGGGAGUCAGACCUCCUGUCUGAGGAGCAGCUGUCAGCGAUGGUGAACAAAGCCGAGCUGAUGAAAAUAACCGAGAAGCACCAGCCCAGCGGCACCUGGGCCUUCUGGUACCCGGAGUCAGAGAUGGAGAAAAUAGAGCUGGAAACAGGACAGGACAUACGGCUGAAGACCAGAGGAAACAGUCCCUUCAUUUUCUCUUUAGCCAAAAUCGAUGGUGGCACAGUGACAAAGUGUAACUUUGCUGGAGAUGAAAAGGCCGGAGCAUCGUGGACGGACAAGAUUAUGGCCAACAAAGCAAACACAGACAGCACUCACAAGCCUGGAGGAGAUGGAGAGGGAGCAGAGGAGGAUGAAUGGGAUGAGUGAGGAAACCAUCCAUCCCAUCAGCCUCAGCUCAUGGCUCAGUUCCAGCCCCGGGUUGGCCUGUUUCAACUUGGCUCCAUUCUGGUCUCUCUGUCUUUGGACUGGACUCCCACAUUUCACCAGGGCAUUGAAUCUUUUACAUAUGUGGCCUUGGGGCCUGAAACCUUGCGUCACUUCAGCUCCACAGCGUGUAUCUGGCUGUGAUACAGACUGUGCUGACUUUGAAGCUUCGCCCUUUUCUUGUAUACUUUGGAUUGUAUCCCCACAUUUAUAUAACUGCGUAACAAUAUAACACAAUAAAACAUUUUUUUAAAAUGUUA